AUGGCGGACAAGGUGGUGGAUGCACUCCUUGGUUCCACUGUUAAAGUUCUAGUGGAGAAGGCAAUAAAUGUGGCUUCCGAACAAAUUGGCCAGUUUGUUGGCUUCAAGAAAGAUUUGGAGAAACUGAAGGAUACGUUGACUCUGAUCCAGGCUGUCCUUCGUGAUGCAGAGGAACAACAGGUGACUCAAGAGCUCGUGAAGCGAUGGCUGGAGAACCUUGAAGCAACGGCUUUCGAUGCUGGUAAUCUCUUGGAUGACUUCAACUAUGAGAUGAUCCGGCGCAAAGCUGAGAUUCAAAACCAAAUGAAUAGGAAGGUAUGCUUGUUCUUCUCACUCUCCAAUCCCAUUGCAUUUCGUUGCAAAAUGGCCUGCAAGAUUCAGAAAAUCAAUAUGGAUUUGAAAAGAAUCAAUGAAGAAGCAACGAAACUUGGCCUCCUCCGGUCACAGAUCGCACCAGCUCCCAAAUAUAAUAAUAACAAUGCAGUCCUAAUAUCAGAGAACAGAGAGACUAACUCUGCUGCUGUUGGUGCAAGUUUUGUUGGAAGAGACGAUGAUGUUUCAGCAAUAGUAACAGAAUUGACUGUCACGAGUAACAGUGAAACUAUCUCCGUUCUUCCUAUAGUGGGGCUGGGCGGGAUCGGGAAGACCACCUUGGCUCAAAAAGUUUUCAAUAAUCUAAAUAUUAAAAACCAUUUUGACAAAAGAAUGUGGGUAUGCGUGUCAGAUAUUGAAAAGCAUUUCGAUGCCAGCGGGCUUUUUGCUUUGAUGCUAGAAAAUUUGGAAGUCCCAAUAUCCGGAUUUGCGGGUAGGGAUUCCAUGGAAGCCAAAGUCCAGAAGCUUAAGCAAAUAUUGGAUGGUGAAGAACAGAAUGGCAAAAGGCCGCUUAAGUAUCUACUGGUCCUCGAUGAUGUAUGGAAUGAGGACCUUGCACUAUGGGAUAGGUUUCUUGACUCUCUGCGAGGUAUUAGCUCAGCCAAGGGGAGCUGGGUUCUUGUGACCAUGCGUAACAAACGAGUGGCAACCAGCACAGCAAUUCCUUCUGGUCCUUGGCCCUUGAAGGAAUUAUCAGAUGAUCAUUGCUGGCUCAUCCUUGAAAAAAAAGCAUUUGGUAACGGGGAAGCACCUGAUGAUAAAAAAGAGUUAGGAUUAGAGCUUGCAAAGAAAUGCCAAGGCUUACCAUUAGCUGCAAGUGUUCUUGGCGGUAUGUUGCGCAACAAGGAAAUUGAUGAAUGGCGUUCAAUUUUAUAUACUGGGCUUCAAAAUAGAGGUGGACACGGAGAUGAUCCCAUCACUAGAAUUUUGAAGUUAAGCUUUGAUCAUCUUCCAGAUCCAGCUCUUAAAAAGUGUUUUGCAUAUUGUUCAAUUUUUCCUCAGGAUUUUCAAAUGGAAAGGAAUCAACUAAUCCAACUUUGGGCGGCAGAAGGAUUUCUUCAUUCAGAUCCAAGCAAAAAUAUAUGUAUGGAGGAAGUUGGUAACAGGUACUUUACCAUUUUGUUGGAGAGUAACUUGUUUCAGGAUGUAGCGAAGGAUGGUUAUGGGAAUGUAUUGAACUGCAAAAUGCAUGAUCUUGUGCAUGAUAUGGUGCAAUCCAUUUCCGAAUGUAGAACUUUAUGGUUGAAAGAGCCAACAGAAGCUGAUUUUCAUGGCAAGACCUUUCGGUAUCUUGUAGUGGAAAGAAGUGGCGGGGAAGAAAUACCACCAUUUCCACUGAAUGGGAGUUUCAGGAAUAUAACAACGUUAGUUUUAGUGGAGAAUAGAUCAAUUGAUGAUGGUUUGAUCAUUUUUUUGGCUUGCUUGCGAGUGCUAAACAUAGCUUCAUCGGAUACCAAUGAGCUCCCUGAAUCAAUUGGCAAGUUGUCUCAUUUAAGGCACCUCGAUUCGUCAAAUACUUCAAUGGAAACUUUGCCGGACUCUCUUUGUAAACUUUACAAUCUGCAGACAUUAAGACUUCGAGAUUGUAUAUCAUUGACAAAGUUUCCAAACAAUUUCAAGAAUUUGGUGAAUCUGAGGCACUUUGACUUUUUCCACAAGGAUAAAUCAAGUGAUCUAACCCCUCUUGAGAUUGGACAAUUGCGUUCUCUCCAAACUUUGCCAUUUUUCAAUAUUGGUGAAGAAAGAGGUCGACAAAUUGGAGAAUUGAGGAAUAUAAAGAAUCUCAGUGGAAAACUUGAGUUACGCAAUCUUGAAUUAGUGAAAAGCAAGGAAGAAGCCGAGUCUGCAAAUCUGAUUGGGAAGCCAAACAUUGACGAGUUAAGAUUACUGUGGAAUGAAAUAGAUAAUUCAAAAAAUAAUGAUAGUGAAUACAAUCAAGUGUUGGAAGGCUUGCAUCCUCACCCAAAUUUGAAAGGUUUGAUAAUUGAAAGAUUUUUUGGUGACCAGCUUUCGACAUGGAUUAGAGAACUUGGGAGAUUGGUGAAAUUCAAAUUGCAAAAUUGCAAAAAUUGCAAAGAGUUACCAACUCUUGGAAACAUGCCCUCCCUCAGAUCUCUUCACUUGAAAGGACUUGACAGCGUAACAAGUAUAGGCACUUUUUUUUAUGGCGGAUCAGGCAUGCAUAGUGGUAGUGGCAGUCAAAGACCCCUAAAAUUGUUUCCAGCGCUUGAACAUCUCAUUCUAGAAAAAAUGCCAAAUUUGAGGGAAUGGAUGGAAGCAACAAACUGCCAAGUCUCAGUGGUAGUGUUUCCGGUCCUUGGUACGAUGAGGAUUAUUAAUUGCCCUCAGUUAGCCACUUUUCCAAAUCAUUGUCCAAGUCUCAAGGAAUUAAACAUCAAGAAAACCCAAAAUGGAUCAGCACUAAUGACAUAUAUUUGUAGCGGAGUUAGCACUCUCAUUGGGCUUUCCAUUGAGAGUGUGAACGGGUUCACCAAACUACCAAGUGUGUUAUUCCAAAACAAUCCCAAGCUUGCACGCCUGGAAUUAAGGUAUUGUCGUGAUUUGGCCCAAUUUUCGGAUUUUUCGUUUGAUGUUCCUCAAACUUUAGAAGGACCAAAUUACCAAUCAGUAGCUGAGCACUCCUGCAUUGACAACAAUGCUCCUCAACAUUUGGUUGGCCUUGAGUCCCUAGAGGAAUUAACUGUUAUUGGGUGCCCCUCGCUCGAGUCAAUUUCAAUCCCCAAGGGACGCAAAUACCUCACUGCCUUGCGAGGAUUAGAGAUUUUCUCGUGCAGAGGGUUGACCCACUUGUCCAUCCCCCAAAUAUUCGAGUCAGAGUGGGAUUCCACUUCUUCACCCUUCUCCUCCUCCGGUACUUGUCCUCCUUUUCCUCUUCCUCUUGAGGAACUGAGGGUAUCCGAUUGCCUCAAUCUUAUCUCCUUCCCGAUUGAUUUAACCCGAACACCUUCUCUCUCUAUCCUGGACAUAUCAGGAUGUGAGAAAUUAACCGACUUGCCCAAGGGGAAGCAUUGUUCUCUUACAAGCUUGAGAUAUUUAUACAUCGGACCAUUCUCAAAAACCACCACAGAGCUGCAUUCCUUCCUAGACCUCUUUGAUGCUCUCCCACCACCGCACCCCUACUUUCCCUCCCUUUCAGAUUUACAUCUGUAUGGAUGGCCUCAUUGGGAAUCUCUGCCCGAGCAGCUUCAGCACCUCUCUGCCCUAAGAAAUCUUGUACUAGAUGGUUUUGGAGUAAAAUCAUUGCCUGAUUGGUUUGGGAAGCUUUCCUCACUUGAACGACUCAUUCUCUGGGGUUGUGAAAAGUUACAGAAUUUACCCUCUCACCAAUCUAUGAGAAGCCUCACCAGACUAACAGAUCUGCGGAUUAUGAAUUGUCCCCUUCUAAAGGAAAGAUGCAAUCCAGAGAGCAGCAGUAGCAGCAACGACCCCAAUUCUGAGUGGUCGAAGAUCUCCCACAUUCGCACCAUUGUAAUUGAUUCGGAGCAGAUCAGAGGCUAA